UCAUUUAGCAUGGCUAGGGAGUAAAAGUAGGCUUUGCUAUUUGCUAUGUGCUGGUGAGGUAUUAUCUACAAGACAACUACUGGUCAGUAGAUACAGGGUUGUUGACACAGCCCGACGCUAUAUUCAUCCCAUCAUAAUGAAUGAUAAGGACACGAUAUCAGCCACCUCUACGAUCUCGUAUUUCAAUCCUGGCUUUAAAGAAGCCUUGUUUACUAUAAGAACAGUUUUGUUUACUUCUUGUUUUGAAGAAGUUGUAUUAAAGGUGGUUUGAGAUUGAGUGACACAUUCUUCUUCAUUAUAUGGAGGAUGCUGAAAAUGGAUCUGUUUCUGUAGUAUGAGAGAUUCCGUGGAUAAAACAUGUUACAAUGAAUCACAGAGGAAGCCAUUGGAGAGCCUAUGAUCCUUGGAAGGUUGGAAACUCACAAACAGAUAUGAAUCAAGUCAAACAUGUGAUAGAGCACCGCAUCAACACUCCGAAGACGUACCACCUGCCCCCGCUACAGCAAGCCCCGCCCCCUCAGAUCCCACAACAGGUCAUACAGCAGAUCCCACAGCCAGUCUUACAACGGAUCGGCUUCGACGACAACCCGCCUCAAAAGGGCUCCCUCUUUAACAAAGCAGAUUUUAUGGAGAUGAUGAUGAUGCAGGGGGCACAGAUGCACCAGUUAGUCAUGCAACAAAUGAUGAUGAGUAAUUUACCAGGAAAUCCUCGUACAGCUUUACCGGCAGUCUUAGCAGAACCAGCAGCUCCUGUUAUGGUUGGUCGAGGAGGAGGAGGAGCUGUUCAUCAUCACCAUUACCAAAUGUCACCCCAACCACAACCCAUGGUCCAUCACUACCCCUCCCUCCCCGCUAUACAACCAAGCACCACAGGUCUGCCUGGACCCACCGGGGCGAUGACCCCUGUUCGGGUUGCAGCUACUGGACGGCCGGAACCUGCAAGAGCUUUAGUCAUACCUCACGGUCAAGUGUCCAGACCGCGGUCAAUAUCUCCACCACCUGUUGCAUCAAAACGAGCGGUAAAGCCCUUUACCAAACAUGCCUUCCCUGGGCCUAAAGCGCUCAGAAGGUUCCGGCACAUAGCUUAUGCUGCAUGGUUUAUAGCAAUACUUAGAACUGCGGCUAAGAAGAACAUUGGAAACAGACCUAGCAGCGUUUUCCUGUUUGGUAUCAUUCUCAAAGAGAUUGUCGCUGCACUACAUAGAAUAUACCUUAAUCCCAGUGGUAAUAUAUAUCCUGUGCUAGCGGAUGUGGUGAGUCCGCAGGCCUACGACCUGACAAACCUGCUCCGUGAUAGGGCUGGCGAUAAAGAGACAAAUGUAAUGCUCCAGGAACUCCAAUAUGUGGUGGAGAAUCUCGUCUACCACAUUACCGAAAUCAUGCCAAGCUCUGGGGUAUUGGGCACCCACAGAAAGUCUGCCGUGUUUGAACUAGUCCGUAAUGGAAAGCGCUUCCCCGAUGGAUACUUCUGGCAGGCGGAACUGGACAGACUUCAAUUUACUGAGAACGGAAGAACAACGAAUAUUGGUGAUGCGGAGGCCUUUCUCCUUAUUGUCGGAAUCUUCAUCUCGAGGAGUCUUGUAACAACCUUGCUUAUGAAGCCGGUGGACUACGGUCUGUCCUCACAGCCUCUCACGGACGUUGCCGAGAGGAACCUGAAAAUUCUUGCCACUACUAUGUUAUACCUAGUGAGACGAGUCUCCACGUUACGUGGCAAAUCUAUGUUGCCGCCACCUGGAGAGAUAGCCAAGUACCUUUACACUGAUGAAGAGAUGCGACCAGUGUUUAGUAAAUUAGGCCGUUCAUUCAACUAUUCGGAGGGUUUACUCCGAGAAUGGGGACAAGAAUACAUAAAGAGGCUAAGAGCCGCUCCUGUAGCUACUAAAAACUGAUGGAAACAAGAUGUGGAACUGAAUCGGGUGUUAAAAGAAGAAUGGGACCAUACAAAGGCUUUGAUAGUGUCCAUCGUGGUAGACAACUGAUAAUACAUAUUAAUUUCACCGAGAGAAUACCGCGUCUGUGACGUGGACACAUACAGACGCAUGCUCUACGCUUCUUUAUUAGUUUAACCCCGGACCUAAAAAUAAGGGGUUACCUCUGAAAUCAGGGUAUUUGCUCUUCUAGCUGUCUGCCAAUAAACGGCCUCUUACUGGUACUACUUAAUCCGUUGACUAAUAUACUGAAACUGAAUUAUUUCUCGGGAUUUGGCGUAUUCAGAUAGAUUUUUGCUUAUAGUUCCUGUUUUUGUGACGUGGACACAAAGUCAGUGUGGUUGAAUAUUUUGAUAUAAACCCGUGCACGACGUGUCCAUAUUAAUUCCCCCUAAUAUCUGGUAUUAAGAGUAGUCAUGAAGUUAAUGAUGUCGGUAUUUUACAUAUGAGCUACAGUUUAAAUCUAACUGGUCUCAAAAUAUUGUGAUUGAUCUUACUAUAUCGUAGGGUACAACAGACUGAGUGUAUUGGCGAUAAAUGGCGGCGUUGUAUUAAUCAAGCUGGCUAAGACACAGACCGUGUAAGUUUUAGUCAAUUUACACGGUAAAAUAAUUACUUUAUUAUAUCUUAUUUAACAUGACAUUUGAAUUAAAUACAGAAGUAAAACAUUUAACAUUGUAAGACAUUCUCAAGCUCGAACCUUUGGAUUUAAAUUCGUGACCAUAGUUAUAAGUGGGUUUUGUUACAUUCCAGUGAAAUGUCCGGGUUGUUACAUACAUGUAGUUAAGCAUUUUUUACAACAGACUAACUAGAUUAUCCAGGUCUAAUCUUAGUGAAUAUGUAACAGAUCGUUAGGAAUCCUCAGGGCAUGUAAAUCGAUGUUUUCGUUAUAAUAUUGUAAACUUAUUUUCGCGUACGAUUUAUUUUCGAGUUUUUUUGCGGGCAAUUUUUUAAAAAUUCGCAAAAAUACAUCGCUGCGAAAUAGUUUCAAUCACAGAGUAGGUAUUUAAAUGACUGUAAAUCGCGAAAAUAAAUCACCGUGAAAAUAAGUUGAUUUACAGUAAUAAUGCGUUAUUGUAUUGGUAAGUUAUCACCCGUCUGUACAUAUUGGAAAUAGACUGUCCAUGGAUAGAUGUUCUUAAUAUAUUUCUGAAUGGGAUACUGAAACAAAUGUUGAUUUAUAGUAUUAUUAAAGUUAUUACUUGAGAUGUGAUCAUAGACUUAUUUUGAAUUGUGAUGUGUACGCAAUUUCCUUUCUUCGACUUGGUGCCAGCACUUGGCUCCCAGGAAAUAACACGUUUUGGUGUCUAUGACCUGGUUCAACGAUAUGGCAAUUCAAUUUAUGACAUUUUUUUGUGACCGGUACCUGGGAACGCAUAUCUUAAUUGACACUUAGCUGCAUUUUGCGACGGCGUCUGUGAUAGAUUUUUGACCUUACACAUGCUCCGCUAAUUAGCGAUGUCCAUUUUUAUUGUGAUUUGGGUUUGUGUGUCGACAUCGCUUGACCCAAAGUGAGUCUUGUAUAUUUCUGAUUGAGAUGAUGGACGCAGAUUUGUGCCAUGUGUGGACAUCAUAUGUCUGGGAGCUGUCAGUGACGAGAACGGACUUCUAUAUAUAUCUUUCGGCUAACCAGAAUUUGACUGAUCGUGACGUUGUUUGAUAGUAGUGUCCAUCAGGCCAGCAACCGCGCUUGACCUUCAAAGUCGACCGUUUGCUGCAAUCUCCUCGUAAGAUUUCAUUAUUCUUGUCUACGUAAUCCCAACAGGUCCCACGAGUGAUAUUUAGCAGAAGGAGGCCGUGUCGUCUUAUUCCGUGAUAAUUGAUACACAUGCGUUGUGUACGGAAGCGUUAAUGGACCACCAAUGACGGCCUGGAAGGGUGUGUUUGACAGACCCAGGAAUCCUGAUGUAGUAGGCGGAUUCCUCGGAUACGUAUUACUCCUUUUAUGGACUGUCCCCACCGGGACAGAGCUUUACAGGGGAAGGUACAAAUUGUGAUUUAUGCUACAUGUUUGUCGGAAUUAUCCAUCAGUUCCUACGUCUGUCCGGACAUAAUGUUUUCUCACUUCCAUUUCGGCUUUUGCCGCCGACGUGUGUAGCUUGUUAGCGACCGGCUAUUCCCGUAGUUUAUUAGCUGUGAUUAAUGUGUUUACAACUACUUAACAAAGAAUGGUUUAUUUGUUAUCUAGAGGACAAGCAUUUCUUAUUAAGAGAUGUUUAUUCGGUAAAUAUCUUCAUCGUGCAUUAAUUGAAAAAGAGCGUCUGUGAUAUGAUUACAAUGUUAACGAAUUAUUUAACUGCCAAAAUGAUUUUGAUUAAUAUUUUCUGUAUUUAAACUUCAUCAAUAUUCAUCGACAUACAAUAUUUAAGCAAACAUUUUCCUAUUUAUUUAGUUUAUUUAUUUUCAACAAUUUAAUUUAAAUUUGUAAUCUUCACUGAUAAUGAAAUUCACCAUAACAAUAUAUCAUUUUGCUACAACCUCAGAUUAAUUAGACAUGUAAAACAUAAUUUGAUUUUAAUGAUGAUUAUGAUUUAAAGAAUUGUCCAGAUAAUCAUUCUGACCUCUUGAAUUUCAAUUUAAACAUUUUCAUUGCCUUUUUAAUAGCAGCGGCGUUGGGUACAAGUUAUAAAUAGUAUCCAAAGCCCUUGUUGCGUAAUAGUCGAUGUGAAAUAAGAUAAAUUAAGAUCGAUUUCUGAUAAUGCACGUCAAAUGUAACAAUUUUCUGCACAACAAUAAUUAGAAUUUAAAGUAAUAAUUUUCUCAAUUAUUUUAAACAAAAAUGGGAUCACAAAAGUUAUUUUAUAUCAAUGAAUGAUUAAUCUUUAGUUAUACAUGUCAUGUGAUCUAUAUUUGAUCGAGUUGUUUUCGUCACAAUUUACAUAAAAGUAUGUAUCUAUUAUCUAUUUUCUUUGAAUGAUUCAUGUCAAAAACACAGAUGAAUUUCCUGUAUCGUAAGCUUAACAAAUUUUAAAUAAUUACUUUAUUAGUCAAAGUAAAUGUUCGGAUUAACAAGGUUUUGCUGCAUACAGAAGCUAAAGUGCUCAGAUUAACAAGAUUUCGUUGUACACAGAAAAUGCUGUUUUAAAUGCUUUUGUAUGCUACAAAAUGUUGUUAUUGAUCCUCCCAAUUCAUCAUCAUGAUAAAUUGGUCUUGAACGCUUUGUGGAUUGCUCAUGUUCUACUACAUAUGUUCGUUUUCGAUAGACCUUGAGGAUGCUAGAAUAUUCUGUUAAAGACCUUUUUAUCAAUUGUAUUAUUCAGUUAAGCAAUGUUGUUCCUAGUAACAAGGAAAUUAUAUUCUUUAAAGCAUUUGAAAAAAAAUACCAACCCAAAUUAUUUUAAACAUUAUACAUUGUUAACCCCUAGAUGGUAUAAAAAUGCCCUAAAUUUUCAAUCUGACAGAUUCUCAUAAAUAUUAAAAAUGCAUUUUUCAAAAUCAAAAAAAAAAAAUGAAAUGCGUGUUAUACUGUAUAGAAGAACCUUCGGAACAACACAGCUUGCUGGAUGUCCUGUUUUAACAAUUAAUAUGUUUCUGUAUUAUUGUUUUACCAUGUGACUAUUACUAAUCAAACAAAAUAUCUGUGAUAAACUGGAAUAAAAUGAGAUAUAGAAAUGCAGAAA